AUGAUUGAAGUUAAGUCUUAUAGGUUUAAGAGGAAGCCCCCCGACUUGUUAUCCAAGUUUAAAGUGAACAAAGAAGACUGGUACGACUUCGUAAAAUACAUGAGCGACUUAAGGAACAUUUAUAAAUGCGCACACCAAAUGAAUGGCCACGGUAAAGAUAUACCUGGUGAAGAUCAUAUCAUUACUAUGAAUGAAAAGGCCAUUUAUGAAAAUGUACAUGAUGUUAUGAAAAUUAAAGAGUGCAACCAUGGCAUAGAAUUUGAUGACCGUUCUAUCUGUAAAGAUUCCUCUUCUGACUCAUGUAGCUAUUCUGAGGAGUCCGGUAGUGUUUACAAAUUUAACAAAUAUAAAAUAAUUCACAACAACAUAUAUUCCAAUAACGCAAAUUUGGACAGGCAAAGAAUUGGUGCGAAUUACAGAAGUAUAUGUAUACCAGGGCAAGAGCGCGAAGUUAAGGUGGAGACAAAAGGAUAUAGGCAUGAAAUAGGCUAUAAAAGAAGAACCAAAGAAGAUAUUCAUAAGAGCCCUUGUGACAGUGAUGAAUUAAAUAACAAGAACAAUGCAUUAAGGGAAAAUGAUCCACUUGUUCCAAAUGAGCAGUGUGAUCUGUAUAAUAAAAAGACUUUGCACAAGUCUUUAACGAAAUUAAGCAGGGACAAAUUUGGACAAAGAAGUAAAAGUUCGGCACAUAUAUCCUACCAGAAUGAAUACGAUUUAACAUACAAUUGGAAAGAAUAUAAUGUGUCCUACGAGCAAAAUGAAUAUGACGUAGAGUCCAAAGGUUCUGUCGAUAAUAAUGAAAGUUGCGAGAACAAGUCGCGCAAGUAUACAUUUAAAGGAAAAGUGGACAAUGGGAAAAAGGACAAGAGGAGAACACGGCAGUAUUUCAAUAAUGAUGAAUUUUCUCGAAGUAACAGCCUUAGCAAUUCAUGUGUUCAAGACAGUAUUAGUGCAAAUGAUGUGUCAACAGGGGGAAAGAGUAGAAUUUUUGGUAAGAAAAAUAAUAAAUAUGAGGUGUACUCAAAUGCAGUAAAUAAUGCAUACAAAAGUGGCUCCCAGAAGAUGAGUAAGCAUUCCAUAAAGAAUGCCAAAUUUGACGAAGCAGUACAAAACAACGCACACAUUGACGGAUCGUAUGCAUAUAAUUUUGCCUACAUGGAUAAAAACGAUAGAUCAGGUGGCUCUACACCAGUAGAAGCAAUGCACGGAACUAUCAUGAAUUUAGACGAGGAAAUAAGGAACUACAAUUUUCACCUUGAUGAGUGA